ACCUCAGGGGCUGCCUCCUCCUUCUCCGUCUCCGUUACCGUUUGAGUUCAGCGGUUUCCGGCGAGUCUUCAUUUAAGGCUCAGUAUACCCCCUGCCCCUUUCCUCUUCUCCCUCUCCUUUCCUGAUCGAUUGCAGCGGCGGGAGCACAGUCUCCGUUCCUGUUCCUCUUCUUCUUCUCCAUUUCUGUUCGGCCAGCGAUUGUAGAGGUUAGCCAGAGAACAAGGCGAUUCAGAUGGAAAUUUUGUCCUCAAACUUAGCUGUUAUUGUAUUACUAGUGCUCAUAUCGGCCCUGCAAUCAGCAGUUGGUAUAAGAUUCGUUAUUGACAGGGAUGAAUGCUUCUCUCAUAAUAUUGAAUAUGAUGGAGAUACUGUUCAUGUUUCCUUUGUUGUAAUUAAGGCCGAUGCACCGUGGCAUUAUAGUGAUGAUGGUGUAGAUCUUGUGGUUAAGGGUCCUUCAGGUGAUCAAAUUCAUGAUUCCCGUGACAAGACAAGUGAGAAGUUUGAGUUCAUCAGUCAAAGGAAAGGACUCCAUCAGUUCUGCUUCACUAACAAAUCUCCUUAUCAUGAAACCAUCGACUUUGAUAUACAUGUUGGCCAUUUUGCUUACUCUGAUGAACAUGCUAAAGAUGAACACUUUCAGCCCUUGUUGGAUCAGAUUGCAAAGUUGGAGGAAUCUCUUUACAACAUUCAGUUUGAACAGCACUGGCUAGAAGCUCAAACUGAUCGUCAAGCAAUAGUGAAUGAAGCAAUGAGCCGGAGGGCGAUCCACAAGGCCAUGUUUGAAUCUGCAGCACUAAUUGGGGCCAGUGUUCUCCAGAUUUACCUCCUGCGCCGCUUGUUUGAACGGAAGCUUGGCACAUCCAGAGUUUAGAUCAAAAACUACUUUUGAAUAUUUACUGUUUUGUGGCGUAUAAGUUCUAAUAAAUUAUGUACUUAUUCCUGCCCUCGUGUUAGAACAGAGCUUUUGUUAAAAUAU